CUCUAUCGGUGCUGUAAUCUACAUCCGCGCCCUUUCCUCUCCGGGGCUGGGAGUUCAGUUUCAGAUAUUUCUCCCCCUCACUCCCCAUUAAUCUGUAUAUUUCUUAAAAUUGAAAGACAAGGGGUUAAAGAUCCCCGAGAAGACGAGCUAUGAGGGCAGCGGAGAGGAGGAGUGCGGAAGCGGACGGGUGAGAUUGUGAAUCGAGGCGUUUGUUACAAUUUGGAGACUUUGUAUCAAAGGGCCUGUAUCAACGUUCCAUUGAAACUCAGCGUUCCAUUGAUCGGCGCCGCCGCCGCAGUCCGCGCUGCCUCGCUGGCGUUUCAUCUCGUUGGCUACAAAUUGUCCGCCUCAGUUGCCCCUUCUCUCCGCAUACCCCUCACUUUUCCCCCCCUCCCCUCUCCCCCCCCCCCACCCUCCUUUCCCCACCGCACCGAAGAUGGGCGGCGCGUUCGCCAAGAUAUUCGGCAGUAAGGAGAUGAGGAUACUGAUGCUGGGCUUGGACGCCGCCGGCAAGACCACCAUCCUCUACAAGCUGAAGCUGGGCCAGUCGGUCACCACCAUCCCCACCGUGGGCUUCAACGUGGAGACGGUCACCUACAAGAACGUGAAGUUCAAUGUGUGGGACGUGGGGGGGCAGGAUAAGAUCAGGCCGCUUUGGAGGCAUUACUACACGGGCACGCAGGGGUUAAUCUUCGUGGUGGACUGCGCCGACCGCGAUCGCAUCGACGAGGCCAAGCAGGAGCUACACCGGAUCAUCAACGAUCGCGAGAUGAGGGAUGCCAUCAUCCUGAUCUUCGCUAACAAGCAAGACCUGCCCGAUGCCAUGAAGCCCCAUGAGAUUCAGGAGAAGCUGGGCUUGACCAGGAUUAGAGACAGGAAUUGGUACGUUCAGCCGUCCUGCGCUACGUCGGGGGAUGGCCUCCACGAAGGACUCACCUGGCUAAAUUCAAAUUACAAAUCCUAACCAGACAACACGCCCAGCAGUCCGUUCUAUUUCCUCAAUCGAUUUGGUUGAAUUAAACCUUUAGAAGAACAAGAAGAAAAAUCCCUAACUUGUACAAGACACACAAGUUCACUUUAAUGAAAGUUUUUUUUUGUUUUGGGAGGAUGAGAGGAAAUUCUGCAAAUCUGGCUUCCGGGCUCUGUCCCAAUUCAUUCCAGCGAGGGCCUGGCCCAAGAGGGACACCGUGAAAGGUGACUUUAGCGGGGAGGCUUUGUAAUAUACGCACACAGGCUAUGCAAUGGCGGGAGAAAUCCUUCAAAGGCUGCU